AUGGGCAUCCCGCGCGUGGGCGGAGGCGUGGCCCUCCACGUGGGCCCGUGGGCCCCGAGCUCGACGGCCGACGGCCUCGACCCGGAGUUCGGAGGUGGAGCCGCGGACGCUGCCAUCGCAGACAAGCGUGCGCACAUCGCCACGAAUGCCACGGUGUGCCUCCGCGACCAUUGUGCUGCUCCCACGCUCGCCUUCGGUUGCUGGCCACGCCCCGGCCCGCAGCCCGCCGCGACCGCCCCGGGGCCGCCCGAGGCGGUGGGGCACCGCUCGGAGGUGUUUCCAGGGGCAUGUCCAUUGGAUGCGGGACGCUCGCGAACCCCGCCGCCCUCUGUACCGGUACCAAAGCGGCCUCGCGCUGCAACGGGAAGCAGCACACCUUGCCCAUCAGCCCCGCGCACUCCUACAUCAAGUCCGGGGAUGUCAAGGAGCAUUGGGGGCCAGGCCAGUCGAAGUCGACCAGCAGGCUCUGGGGGUCCGCCCACAAGACCAGCUACGGCGGCGAGGAGCGCCCCGAUGGUCAGCCCGACCACUGGCUCCACGGCGACUACUGGAAC